CAUUUCAGAGACAUGGAUCCUCAAUCAAACACUUCUAUAGUUCAUCAGAUGCUAAAAGUGUGUCAGCAAACGCAAGUCUGCAGUACUGUGAGUACAAUCGUUAUGCACAAAGUGAAUGCAAAGCAGCAGCAGCAACAACAGCAGCAGCAACAACAUGGAGGGACAGGAACAAUACCACAACCAAAAUAUGAUGCUUCUGAAGAUGCCCGUGCACUGGAAAAAGCCACAAAACCUAAAGAGGUUGAUGAAGGCACCAUAAUUGAUAUUAUUACGAAGAGGAACAAUGACCAACACCAGGAACUUAAGGCUGCCUAUGAAAAGCUGACUAAGAAGACUUUGGUUGAAGCACUCAAAGCAGCUCUGUCCGGUGAUCUUGAGGAGAUUAUACUGGAUUUGUUGAAAACUCCAGCUCAGUUUGAUGCCGAUGAGAUGAAACGGGCAACAAAGGGUCUUGGGACUGAUGAAGAUUGCAUCAUUGAGAUCCUGGCUUCCAGAACAAAUCAACAGAUUAAGAAAAUGAAGGAAGCCUAUGAGAAAGAGUAUAAAACAACUCUGGAAAAAGAUAUCACAGCAGACACAUCGGGGGAUUUUCAGAAGGCUUUGCUUAUCCUGUUGAAGGGUGAAAGGAGUGAAGAUUGUUAUGUAAAUGAAGACCUUGCUAAAAAGGAUGCAAAGGUAAGGUUUUUUUUGUAAGUUCCUAAUGAAUAUACUCAAACAUUUAGGUUUUAAAGCAGUGAUUCCCAAACAGUGGCUCACUAGCAACAUGUUGCUCCCAGUGGCUUCAAAACAGGUGCUUAUUU